GCCAGUCCACCCCGCCCGCCCCCGAUGGCCGAGGAGCUGGUGCUGGACACGGCGAUCCGGGACUGGGUCCUCAUCCCGCUCUCCGUGGUCAUGGUGCUCAUCGGCGUGCUCCGCUACUUCGUCUCCAAGCUCAUGCGCUCCCCGCCGUCCGCCUCCCCGUCCCCCGACCCCAAGGCCGUCAAGGAGGGGCAGCUGGUCAUAAGGGCGAGGAACCUGAGGACCAGCUCGCAGUUCAUCCCGGCCAAGGCUUUCAAGGCUCGCAAGCUUUACUACACCGAGGGGGAACGAGGACUGCUUCAUGUUCCUAAAGAGGAUGCGCAGAAGGCUCAGGCGGCCAUGUUUUCAGAUCCAAACAUGGCCAUGGACAUGAUGAAGAAGAAUCUCUCCAUGAUUGUUCCACAGACACUUACAUUUGCAUGGGUGAACUUCUUCUUUUCGGGUUUUGUUGCAGCUAAAAUUCCCUUUCCAUUGACCCAGAGAUUCAGGGGAAUGCUGCAAAAUGGGAUAGACCUCAGUACUGUUGAUGUGAGCUAUGUUAGCAGCCGUUCAUGGUACUUUCUCAAUUUAUUUGGCUUGAGGGGUCUUUUCAGUCUGAUCCUCGGGGAAGAAAAUGCUACUGAUGAUGCAACAAAGAUGAUGCAGAUGGGCGGUGGAAUGGGCUUCAACCCAGCAAUGAGUUUGGGAGCUGAGAAAGACAGCCUUGAUAUCAUUCAGCAUGACUGGGCUUUACCGAAGAUGGAACAUCACGCCGAAGAGGUGUUGAGGAAACUACUGAAGAAAUGACCUGAACAACACUUGGGCUGCUUCAAAGCUGUACUACGCCUCACAAGUUUUGUUGUUAGCUUCUUGACUGAUCAGACAGUUAUACAUCUGUAAUUGUAUUAUUUAUUGUUUACAAGAGGUACUGAUUAUGAAGCAGUCUUCUCUGGGAGCACUAGUAGGAAAAAGUUGUAUUUCGUGACAGUUUCCUCCGUACCGGGCUGCUUUGUUAAUCAUGUUAUAGUUUGUGCUACUGAUUAUAUUUGUCAUGUUAUCGGCA